AAAUUCUGUGAUUCUGUGCUCUACGUAGUCUUUGGUUCUAUGGUGUAGUCAAUUUGUUUAAAAUAGCGUCCAAAGAUAUUUGCAACUAAUGUAAAUUAAAUUUAAAUGUUAUAGAAGGAGAGAGUAAAUGUGAAACGUGUUUACGUGUAAUGGCAGUGAUGUAGUUCCUUUUAUGUGAAUAGGGGUGAAAGAGACAUUGAUUACCAGUGGUUAGCUAAACAAGUGUGGAUUGCUGGUAUCUCGGAAUGUGGCAUAAUCAGGCUGUGUUAUGAAUGAGGAAGCACUUUUGUCACGGGCUUCCGAGGAGCGGGAGCUCAUCUUCGAGCGAUAUGAACGCGGACGAGAUAAUCUCGUCGGUCAAAUAGACCCUUGGGAAGAUCCUGAAUUCGAGGAAUACCAUAAAACUGAUAGAUAUGGCUUUAUUCAUGAUGAACGCUUACCCCAGAAAACGGCACCACAAAAGGUUAAUGCCGAAGUGGAGAGAGAGAAAAAGUGGAUCAAAAUGCUGUCUCAAUGGGACUCUCCAUCAACAAAAGAAAAAUUGCAUAGAAGAAUAUACAAAGGCAUUCCAUUAUCGUUAAGAAUGAAUGUAUGGAGUAAAUUAUUGGAUAUCAAUAGGAUAAAAUCAGAAAAUGUCGGGAAAUAUCAAAAAAUGCUUAAAUUAGCUAAGGCUUGGUCGACAGAUGUUAGACAAAUAGAUUCUGAUGUAAAUAGACAGUUUCGAGAACAUCAAUUUUACAGAGAAAGAUAUUCAGAAAAACAAUGCUCUUUAUUUAAUGUGCUUUGUGCAUACAGCAUGUUUAAUUCCGAAGUUGGUUACUGCCAAGGUAUGUCUGGAUUGGCUGGAGUAUUAUUAAUGUAUAUGGAUGAAGAAGAUGCAUUCUGGGCACUUGCAGUUCUCUUAACUGACAAGAGGUACUGCAUGCAUGGCCUUUACAUUGAGGGUUUCCCUAAGUUAACCAGGUUUUUGGAACACCAUGACAAGAUUCUAACUAAAUUUAUGCCAAAACUGAAACAACAUUUUGAUAAGUUUGGCUUGGAUGCAAUACUCUAUUCUCUCAAAUGGUUCUUUGUAUGUUUCGUAGAGCGAGUUCCAUUUAGCUUGUGUUUGAGAGUUUGGGAUAUUUAUCUUCUUGAUGGUGAAAGGGUGAUAACGGCAAUGGCUUAUACAAUAUUAAAACUGCAUAAAAAGACAAUAAUGAAGUUAAAUGAUAUGGAUUUAAUUGUCAAUUACAUUCAAGUGAAGUUGCACAAAGAUUUUGGCUAUGAAGAUGAUGUUGUGAUAUACCAUUUGGAGAGAUCUAUGGAAGAAUUGAAGCGAGCAAAGCUGGAUUAUCCAGGACAGCCGCCUCCUAGUGAAUUACCAAAGCGAUCGCUUGGCAUGUUUGUUGAGCCUGAUAAGAGAUCUAAGAUUGGACAGCGUGCUGAAAAUUUUUCGGAGAGAGAGAAACAAGCUCGAGCAGCUGUUAUCUCAAGACGUGAAAAGGCAGAAUUGGAUUUGCAAGUGUUGCGAGCAUCGCAGAGUGACACAGUGUCAGAGCACAGUGAGGUGGCUAGCGCUGCGCGGUGCGACUCUGUCUCCGGGCUGGGGUCACGGCGCUCGUUAGCCGACACAAGUGUAACAAGCACCGCCGACCUCAGUGUCUUCUCCAGCGGUCGUUCCCACGCGCCAGACAACUCCCUCGACACGCACAGCAACGUCAGCGACGACGGCACAGGGAGUGGGUUGCGACACUGGCGACGCUUUGAACCAGACACAUAUGCGUCACAGGCGCAACCUCUGUUAUAUAGGUCUGGUAUAUGCGGUAUGAGCAUCCAAAGAGCGCCAUCAACCGCACACUCAACACCGCGAGGGACUCCCCACCCGCCGUCAGUGUCGCCGAUGUCAGAUGACGUUGUCCGAAUUCACGUCACAUACAACCCUUUGUCCGCAAGCCCUUCGCAUCUCCAACCUAUCAGUCCUUCGAAGAUGAAGAACUACUCCGAAGUACACCACAAACCAGUCUCGCUAGGCUUCUAUACAACAAACGGCAGUAAUCGACCAACAGACAAUAGGAUUCGAAUACAAGUACCAUCAGAGGAACUACUCACACCCGUAGUCGAUUCGGGAAGAAUUAUAAAUCAACGAUAUAUUGAAUCUCAUACGGAAUUGUACGAUCUUAAAUAAGUGAUUAUGCUUUUGUUUAUAUGUAGUCUUCAAUUUUUCAUAUUCCAUUUUCAAAUACCAUUUAUGUAUAUUCUACAAUAAUGUUAUGUCGAUUAAUUAUUGUAUUUAUCCAAAUGUAUGGAUAAUCAAUUUGUUUUGCCCCUGAUAUGCGCCAUACACUACACACCACACAUGCCACUAACAUAUCUUAUAUUUCGUACGCACAUAAUUUUAUAUUUAUAAUUAACGAAUGACAAUGAAAUGAUAAAGGCCUUCAUAUAUCAAUAUUGCACCGUUUAAUGUUGGAUUUAAGUGUUAUGAAUAUGGAAUGUUUGUUGUGAAAGCAUCAAAGUUUACUCUUGUUCUUAGCCUAAAAGCCGUAUAUGAACAUUUAUAAACUGAUUAGAUAUUAUAAAAGCCUGCCUUGUUGACUAAUUAUUAAACUUUAAAGUUAUUAUAUAAGAUCUGAUGUACAUAUGUUUUACUCAUAGUUUUACGAUUAUGUAAAAACUUGCAAUGCACUGUGACGUAAUGUUUGCUAAACAUUCCGACUGAUUAUAAUAUUAGUCGUUAAAGUGACACAUUUUGAAGACGAAUAACUUCCAUCCAGCAAAGUAAUAAGCAAUAACAAGACCAAUAAUCACAUAUACACCACGUAUUUAUAUUAAUUGUGCUUAUUUAUAUUAAAUGUAUUAAAGUUUAUUGUAAAUGCGAAUUCUCAGUGUUGCAACGGACGUAUAGUUGAAUAUAUCUAGCCUUUGAAAGGCGCUGUUGUCGAUUGUAUCUGUCAGAAAAUAUGUAAAACCUAAGAGCGGGCGUACACACUAAACUAUCGCACAACUGUUGUGCGAUUGUCCAUUGUCGA